AGUUAUAAAUAAUUUUCUUAUUUUCAGAUGAUGAAAUCCAGGACAUUGAUUGCCUGUUUUAAACCUGGAACUGUACAUAUUAAUAGUGUCCGACCUGUACAGUUGACUGUACAGCGGUACAUGUGCUGGAUAAAUAAACAGAACACUAAUGUACAGAGGAUUCCUGUACUGCAAAUAUCAAGCAAUGGAGAAUCCAAACUUCAAAAUAUUUCGAUUGAAGAAAUUUUAGAGAAAGGAAACCGUAAAUUUCAUCUCAGGGACCUCAGAUUACUUUCUAAAGUUGAGAGCAGUAAGCUAUGUGCUAUUCUACCAAGACCCCAGGCUGCAUGUUAUAUACUAGAGAUAGAGAGUAUCAGAUUAAUCUGCUGGCAAGACAGCUGUAUACUUCUUCAGAACAAUUCAAUUCUUCAUCAUCAAUUCUGUCAACAUAUAACAAAUAGUUUAGCUGGUGGAGCUAAGAAAACCCCUGACCUAUACUCAGUUCUUAGAAUCUACCAAACAAGUUCUGAAAAUGUAGAGUUUGGGCAUAAAGUUCUAGAAAGUGCCCUGGCUGUUACAGUUGCAAAGUUUGAAGGGUAUAUACGAAUACUGAAACCUGCAGUUGACCUACUUCUCCAGCAAAUAGCAGCAGACCCUAAAUCCUCUUCCCUUAGACGAAUGUUGGCUGUAAAGAAGAGUUUGGGAGAUUUUGAACUAAAUGUAAACAAUGUCAGCCGAAUUCUUCAGGAACUAGAUUAUAAAAUAUUUUUUAUAUCUUUACCUCAAUUUGAAGAAUAUCGAUUGAUAAAGCCUUUAUUUUUUAACUAAACAAACUAAACAAUA